GUAUUUUACAAUUAACUCUGACCGAAUAAGCACGUGUUUUUUCCCCCGUGAACUUGGCCUUUUCUUGGUGUCCAAAACCCCCAAGAAAGCCAAACCGUGAGAGAUUAAUCGGCUCAAAAGUGUCCGUGUGUUUUGGAAUUUAAUCCGUAUUUCAGUGUUGCGCGCGCUAUCGGAAAAUCCCGAAAAAUCCCUUAAGGUUUAAAAGUUUUAUUUUUUUCUCUCAAGUGUGCGCAAUCUCAAGUGGUGGUACGCGUUUUCUUUUCCUUGCGCCGAGAGUUGUAUAUUGAACAACUUGUUUGGACAAUUAGUUGAAUAUUUGUUUGCCCAUUUGGAUUAAAAAGCCCCACACACACAGAACGAACGAGGAAUUGUGAGAGAGAGGAAACAUCGGGACGAGAUCAAUCACUGACGAGACAGCUCGGUGUGUGAUCGAUUGCGGAUACUGAGGAUAUUGACACAAGGAGAUACAACACGUGAAAUUUUUCAAUUUUGUGACCAACGAAUAUUUUUUCCACAAACAAUCCCCGGAGGUCCAUCACGAGUUGUUCUGUGUUGGGGUAUCUAAAUACCUACAUACAUAUACAUAUUUAAUUUUCUCCUGAGAAGAGCAUUUUGGAAUUUUCUACGCGCGGUGUCUCACCGAAUCUUCCGGCAGCCAGCCCAAUCGAAGUGUGUUAUCGGGGAGGAGAACACGAGGACAAGGAUAUCAAUAGCCAGUAAAUCAUCAGAAUUAGACUUACGGCCACAUUGGUGCUCCAAGAUGUGGAGCGCAGUGAAGGGUCCUACGAGACUGUGGGACCUUAGCCUCGUCUUUCUAAUCCUGCAAUGUACAAUAAGACUAGUAUUAGCCGGAAAUGAAAUAUGGCCCUUGGAACGGCCAGAUGGGAUGCCGAAUAUCGUUUCGCUGGAGGUGAUGUGCGGCAAGGAUCACAUGGAUGUGCAUUUGUCCUUUUCGCAACCAUUCGAGGGUAUUGUCAGCUCAAAAGGUCAACACAGUGACCCCAGAUGCGUCUACGUUCCUCCGUCCACGGGAAAAACCUUCUUUUCCUUCCGGAUAGCAUACGCCCGGUGUGGCACGAAGCCUGAUCUCAAUGGGCAGUUCUACGAGAACACGGUCGUAGUCCAGUAUGACAAGGAUCUGCUGGAAGUUUGGGAUGAGGCCAAGAGGCUUCGAUGUGAGUGGUUCAAUGACUACGAGAAGACAGCAUCGAAGCCACCGAUGGUAAUUGCGGAUCUCGAUGUGAUCCAAUUGGAUUUCCGCGGGGACAACGUUGACUGUUGGAUGGAGAUACAGCAAGGCAAGGGUCCAUGGGCAUCACCUGUGAGUGGUAUUGUACCCCUCGGCUCAACUCUCACCCUCGUUGUGGCCAUCAAUGACUACAGAGGUGAAUUCGAUAUGCGAGUAAAGUCGUGCCUGGCGUCCGACGGUGCGGGGCACAUUAUCAAGCUUUCAGACGAGUACGGGUGUGUCCUGAGGCCGAAGAUGAUCUCGAGGUUCCUCAAAGCCAGGGCGCCCGAUGAGAGAGCCACGGUCAUCACGUACGCCUUCUUCCACGCCUUUAAGUUCCCAGAUGCCCUCAGUGUCCACAUAAAGUGCAAAGUUGAGAUUUGCCGACACGGAUGUCUGGAUCAUUGCCAGGUAACUGGCAAUAUUGGCAACAAUAUUCACGAGAGAAAAGACGUAAUUGCUGAAGAUGGGCAUAGUGCUGCAAAUACAAAUGAAAUCAACAUGAUGCACGAUAUGCGCGAUGAUGAGGACUCUGGUGAGGACAACGACGUUUACUAUGACGACAUAAUCCAUCAUGGAAGCGACAGAGAGCAUGCAGCACAUCUAAAGCAGCAGCCACAUCGAGAGAAGGCACCUCAGAUGCAUCAUCAAUACAGCGGAGAAUUGGAGGAGUUGAAUAAGCUUUUCAGAGAUCAUAAGUCAGACAUGAAGAAUCACCUGCCCACAGAUGGUAGCAGCAAGGAGGGAGACGAUAAAUUCCCACAUGGGCCGAGGUACUUUGAAGCAGCCAUGGCGCAGAAUCGCAUGGGAAAGCCAGCAGUGGCUGGACCUAGAUCUCUCGAUGGGAAUGCCAGUGAGCGUCCAGUUGUGCGGCAAUCAGAGCCGGGUAGUCAUCGGACGCCAAGGCGGAAGCGCUCCGUGGUGGUGUCAGACAGGAAAGCCCGGAGUGCUGAUGUGGGUGUUAGUGGGAUCUACGAUGUGAUCUCUGAGGCGGAUCUGGCUUUCAGUCCAGACGCCAAGCAGGAGGCCGUUACCGUGUUCCAGGGCAAGAUCACCGAAGAGGUGGUCUAUGGCAUCUGUAUGCCCGUGCCGGGCUUCAGUGUCCUCUUCAUCCUUGUCACAUCCGCUGCGAUAGUGUCCGCCCUUGUGGCUGGGUCACUCCUCUACCGGUACCAGCUGCAGAAGGAGGCCCUGGCGCAGCAGAAGCAACAGAAUGGCACCAGCAUGCCCCUCAAUACCUUUGCCUCGUGGAUGACCCUCCGAUUGGCACGGAUGCGGCAGCAUCGGCAAUCGGUUGCGCAGUAAUCCGCACGAAUGUUAGUUCUUUCCAAUUGAACACCAAUCCUCAACCACACAGUGUUCUCCCAACAAUCUUCCGUCACUCCCCCCCCCCACGAGACAAAAUAGACUCCAUCAUACCGUGCAUCUUUUUUUGGCCUUCCUCCCCCAUGCCUUCUCCUUGUAUAGAAGUUGAAGAAUUUUCGGGCAUAUUUGCAAUAAUUUUUUUUUAUGUACGUUUUAGAAAUUCUUAUUUAAUUUUUUUUUGUAAUCAUCAAUGAUUUGGUGCUAUACACUGGGAGGGUUUUUUGUGCGACAAAAAGAAAUGAAUUUCACCUAAUGCCUCCGCAUUCAAGCGGCAGGGAUAGUCUUUCAAAAUGAACACAUAAGAUUUGAAAGCUUGCAGAUGAAGAUAUAAGGCAGGAGAAUGUUGAUUUAACAGGAACCAUCUUAAAGGAAGCAUUAAAAAAGGAAUAGAUUAAAAGAUAGUAGGUAAUGUUCGCUGGAACAUGCUUCUUAUGUGGGGAACAGUUUAGGGUCUCUACAGAGACUUUUAAAAUUUAUAAGGAAUUAAGUAAUAAAUUACAAUACCAAAAAAAUCUUUAAAUAAAAUAUUAUUAAUUUUUCUAUACACCUUUUUCAUUUGGCAAAACCUAGAACCUAGAAGUAAAUUUAUCUUUAUGAAGAAUAUCGAAUAAAUCUGACCUAUUUUUUCUUUAUUAAUUAUUUUCUAAAAUUUAAAUUCUAUUUCUCAAAAAACAAAAAAGAGUUUUUUUUAGAAACUGAAGAAAAGUUCGAGUUACAAUUGUAAAUUCAUUGCCAAAUUUUUCUUCCCUGCCUUGUUUCUUCAUUUAUCUUAAGCCUCAAACAUAAAUCUAUUUUUGAGUUUAAAACUGGAGACCUACCGGGAUGCUUUUGGGUCAAUUAAUGGAUGUCUUUGUGCUGCGAAUUCUCCUUGAUAAAUCACAUAGGAAUUAAUUGUAUUUAUUUUAUUCAAUUUAAUCGCUAAAUCUGUGUCAGGGCUUGUAACCAACACUCUUAAUAUAAAAUGAGGAAGAACGUGUGCCUAAGACAUGGGUUGAAUGACCUUAAAAUCAUCCCUGUUUGUUUCCAGUAUAAGAAGCCAAACAAUCAAAGGGAGUUCUCUGAGGAAUUCUGUAUAUGAAAUAAUAAUUUAUCUCGCAAAGAGGAUACGACCAUCUCCGAGGAUACCUCCAAAUGGUCGAUGAACUCUUUAAUUUAUUUUACUUUUGUUAAGUUAAUUUCGUCUUCUAAGAUUAGCGCGAAGGAUUUUUUUUCAUUUAAAUUUAAUUUAUUACCUCCCACAUGCAACAAAAAAAAUACUUCAGCAUUUGUUCGAGUAAUCGAUACGUGUGCCAAUAUUUGGCUGACAAUAUUUUGGACAAAUAUUUGGUUGGAGAUGCUUCAGAAGAUGCGUAUCAGUGCGGUGUAUCAAUUGCUUGAACAAAUAGAGUGAGAUCUUGUCUGUUUUAUUUUUUAUUCUUCCCUCCGUCACCUCCUUAAGCAGUUAUAUACACGCCACACAGACACAGAUACACACCCAAUAUACACAUAAGCUAUUCAUUAAUGAUGUAAUUUUUAUGUAAAAUUAUUGUGUAGAAUAUAAAAGAAGACAUGAUGUAGGAAUUGUAA